AUGGAGGACAAUUUUGCAAGACAGGUAUCUCUGGAGGAAUUGCUUCCUAGGCAGAGGAAUGCUUCCUCCCCAUCUGAUUCUAUCAAAAAGAUCGAAGAUAGUCCUAUAAAAGUGGGUUGGAGAUCUCUGUUCCACUUCACAACAACCCGCGAGCUCCCAGUCCUUCUGGCAGCCUUCAUCUUCACAAUUGCCAUCGGGGCGGCGAAGAUUAUUUUUGCAGCUUAUCUGGGCAAGUUAUUUGAGAUAUUUACGCAGCGUGGAAAUGGAGCCAUUUCCGGACAACAAAUGCUUGAGGCAGCAAAACAAAACAUCUUAAAGCUCGUUAUUAUUGGAGCUGCAACAUGGAUAUUAAACGCCUGCUUUUUGUUUGCUUGGGUCGCUUUUACAGAACUACAAGUGCACCGUGCUCGUAAAAAACUUUUCACGAAGCUGCUGGAUCAGGAUUUGAUGUGGUUCGACAUGGAAGAUGCUGGCAUGGGCUCGUUCUUGUCACAUGUACAAAAACAAUUGCGCGAACUUCAAAUUGCGUCAGCUCAGCCCCUUGGUUUCGUAUUGCAGCACACAGUACAAAUCGUUUUAGCAGUUUGUCUUGCCGGUUACACCUCGUGGAAAGUUAUGUUGGUUACAAUGGCUGGUUUUCCAGUUUCGUCAGCCUUAAUAUUAUUCAUUUCUUUCAAAAUGAACCCUAUGAUCACAGCCCAACAGUCAGAACUAGCUCAGGCAUCUAAAUUCGCGUACGAUGCGUUUGCAUCCAUUGAUAGUGUGAAAUGUCUGAAUGGAGAAUCUCCAAUUUACUCCCAUUUGGUUUCACAUAUCCAGAAAGCUGCUAGAUGGUACUUGAAAUUAGCGUUUCUCGCUGCUGCCCAACUGUCCACUGCCCGGUUCACGACAUUUACAAUGUUCGUUCAGGGAUUCUGGUAUGGAAGUUCUUUGGUGCAGUCAGGCGAGCUAACAUCAGGCCAUGUAUUAACGACAUUCUGGGCAUGCUUGAUUGCUGUGCAAUCUGUCGAACUUGCAGUCCAUCAACUUCCAACGUUGGAGAGGGGGAAAGUCGCUGGUGAGACUCUAAUGUCUUAUUUACGUCGGCCUAGUGCUAGACGGCUUCCACUCAGCGCGCAAAGAGAUGGACACACCGAUUUCUAUAAUGAGGACAUCAAACUGAAAAACGUUUCGUUUGCAUAUCCUUUCCAGCCCGAUAGAAUUGUUCUAAAAUCUGUCAAUAUGGUAUUUCCAGCAGGAAAAACAGUGUUUAUUGUUGGACACAGUGGAGCUGGGAAAAGCUCCUUGGUCAAUCUUCUACUCCAGUUUUAUUCGCCAACCUUGGGAGGCAUCUUGAUAGGCGGCACUCCCUUUAGUGCGAUUGAUUCGUCUUUGAUUCGAAGGAGCUUCACUAUUGUGCAACAGAACGGAUUUCUCUUCAAUGAAACACUAUCGAACAACAUCACGUUUGGAAAUUACAACCAUUUGGGAGUCUCUAGUGCUAGAAUGGACAUGUGCAUAGAAACGGCAAGCCUCCGAGAUACGAUUAGCAGACUACCACAAGGUUUGGAUACUACUGUUGGAGCCGGAGGAAACUUACUGAGCGGAGGACAGAAACAGAGGGUUACGAUUGCUCGAGCCAGAAUGAAAGACAGUGCAGUGCUAAUUCUCGAUGAAUUCACAAGUGCUCUCGACUUUGAAAACCGGGCUACUAUUAUGGAAGCUGUUCGAAAGUGGAGAAAAGGAUUGACGACUAUUAUCAUAACGCACGACAUAACCAAUAUCCUAGAAGAGGAUUUUGUUUACGUUUUGGAAGCGGGAAAUAUAAUUGCCUCCGGGCUGAAAAAAGAUUUGAUGAUGAGUGGCGAUUUGCAAAUACUGGCAUACAAAGAUUUGGACACUCACAAAUCAGAGAAUGAAGACUCUUUAGAGUCCACUUCGUAUCUGAAGCAGUACCUGCCAAGGGAUAACACGGAAAGUUCUUGGUUCUCAUCUACUGAUGGAAGUAAGAUGUUGAGUCCGAUACAACCAAUUGAAAUAAUCGAGAGGGAUAGUAUACUGCCUUUUCGAAAGGAAGGCGAUGAUUCUCCUCUACCGACUUGGCAUAGAAAUCGAUGGGUAUCUCUCAAACGUCUAUGCAGCAAACAUACUUCACAGCGCCCAGCACGUCUACGUACCGGGCAUUCCUCCCAUGAAGAUGACAGCACACCUCUGCCAUUAUAUAGAACGCUACUUACUAUUCCUUCUACCUUAAAUACAAAGCAGCAGAUUCUUCUUGCAACUAGCAUUAUCCUUGCGGCUCUCCAUGCGGCGGCGACACCGAUAUUUUCAUAUCUUUUAUCACAGCUCUUCCGUUCGUUUUAUGCCACCCAAGAUCGUGCCACCAUGGCACGAAAGUGGUCUCUUGGAAUUUUGGGGCUAGCUGUGGGCGAUGCUUUCGUAGCAUUUACCAUGCAUUAUCUGCUUGAGUAUUGCAGCCAGGCGUGGAUGGAUGCAUUACGUACUAAGGCUAUGCGUCGCAUAUUGGGGCAACCCUGCAGUUGGUUCGACCAAAAUAAGAAUCAUGCCAUGCAGCUUACACAAUGCCUAGACCAAAAUGCCGAGGAAAUUCGCAAUCUCGCGGGCAGAUUCGGGGGUCUCGCAAUCGUUGCCGCGAUGACUGCCCUCAUUGCCGUAGUAUGGAGUUUUUCUCUCAAUUGGAAACUAACAUUUGUCAGUCUUGCCUCUGCUCCGCUUUUGUACGGGAUAAGUAAGGGCCUGGAAAGCGUGAAUAAGAAAUGGGAGCGCAGAACGAAUGACCUGAAUGAGCUUGUCGCGUCCAUCUUCUCGGAAACAUUUCUGGAUGUUCGUACCGUGAAGGCUUUUACUUUAGAGCGUCACUUUCACUCAAAGCAUUCACGAAUAUUGCAACAGGCUGUAAAAACUGGGUUGAAGCGAGGUCUCUAUUCGAGUUGGAUUUUUGGGCUCUCGGAAUCCGCGAUCGUUUUUGCAAGCUCAUUGCUGUUCUACUAUGCGGCUUACUUGGGCGCGUCAAAUGCAUCCACAAUUACAAACAUUGUGUCUGUUUUAACGAUGAUACUGUUCAGCCUAGGCUAUGUGGUUUCGUUGAUGUCGUGGAUUCCUCAAGUCAACUCGGCCAACGAUACCGCAACACGGCUCAUUAAAUUAUCUCGUUUGUCACAUGGCUCCUCUCAUGAGAAUACUGGGAAAUUGCGGGUGUUCGAGCCCUUUCCGAUUGAAUUCAACGACCUGAGUUUUUGUUAUACCCAACGACCGGGUGCCAUGGUACUCAAUCAUAUUUCCUUCACUAUACCAGAUAAUACAUGCCUAGCUCUGGUAGGAAUUUCUGGUUCUGGGAAGUCUACAAUUGCCGCUCUCUUGUUGGGGUUAUAUGCUUGCCCGAAUCCUGCCCCUGGUAAAUCCGCAUCCUUGACGUUGGGAGGAGUAGACAUUAGGCAGCUUCACAUGUCGACUCUGCGGACUCUCAUCGCCUAUGUCCCCCAACAUCCUAGACUCUUUGCAGAUAGUAUCCGAGCAAAUAUUACCUACGGACUUGACCCAUACUCUCGACUCAAUUCUAUGAAAAACAUCGAGGCCGCCGCAGAGGCAGCUGGAAUCGCUACUUUCAUCCAAUCUCUGCCAGAGGGAUAUUCGACCAUAGUUGGCGAGGGCGGGCUCGCCUUGUCUGGUGGCCAGAUUCAGCGGCUCGUCAUCGCUCGUGCACUCGUUCGUCACCGUCGAGUUCUCAUCCUUGACGAGGCGACGUCGAAUCUAGAUGCAGAGAGCGCAGAGAUCAUUCGCCAGUCGGUCCGGAAGCUUCUCCUGUCAGCUCGACAGGGACUGACCGUGAUUCUCAUCACGCACUCCGUAGAGAUGAUGCAGAUGGCCGACAACGUGAUUGUGAUCGACCAUGGAUUGGUGGUUGAACAAGGGCCCUACCGUUCUCUGCUACGCCGCGGAGGGAGACUCAGGGAUAUGUUGAGUGCGAGUGUUUAA